CAUUCAUACGAUUCAUAGGAUUCAUACAGUCAGUGUGGUGUGUGUGUGGGGUGUGUGUCGCUGACAAAACAAACGGGAUCAGCGCGCUGACACACAUUGUUGUAUUUCAACUUGCGUUCAUCCGAGCUGCAGCGGACUAAAGGGACCUUCAACAGAAACAUUACAUACAUGCAUAAAUGUGUGUGUUGUAGGAUUUUCGAGGAUUUUAAAGUGGAGUGUUGCAGCUUCUGUCACAUUGGCACAUUCAGACUGGGAGUGACUUCUGACUGCUUGCAGUGUUGCAGGUUUCCUAGGAUGGUAUAGGCUAAUCCUCUUUUUUUUUAUUCACCAAAGGAAUAAUUGCUGAACUUUUUUUUCGUUCUCCAUGGUGCUUGAAGGGGAGAUGGACGGGAUCGGGUACACCAUGCAGAAGAAGGCUGCGGAGCUGGAGCGGCUGGCCGAGGUGCUCGUAACCGGGGAACAGCUCAGGCUGCGGCUCCACGAGGCGAAGGUGAUCAAGGAUCGGCGACAUCACCUUCGAACUUACCCAAACUGCUUUGUGGCCAAGGAGCUCAUUGAUUGGCUGAUAGAACACAAGGAAGCAUCAGACCGAGACACAGCCAUCAAGAUCAUGCAGAAACUUUUGGAUCAGAGCAUCAUUCACCACGUGUGUGACGAGCACCGGGAGUUUAAAGACUUGAAGCUGUUCUACCGUUUCCGGAAAGAUGACGGCACGUUCCCGUUGGACAGUGAAGCCAAAGUCUUUAUGAGGGGGCAGAGGAUCUAUGAAAAGUUGAUGAACACAGAAAACACUCUAUUACAAACCAGAGAAGAAGAGGGCGAUGUGUUCGAGCGGACCCUGGUGGCCUCUGAGUUCAUCGACUGGCUUCUGCAGGAGGGGGAGAUCUCCACCAGAGAGGAGGCAGAGCAGCUGGGGAGAAGACUUCUUGAACAUGGCAUCAUCCAGCACGUCACCAACAAGCAUCAUUUUGUGGACGGGCCGCUCCUCUUCCAGUUCAGGAUGAAUUUCAGGCGGCGGCGGCGGCUGAUCGAACUUCUCCAUGAGCGAAGUCGCUGCAUCCCCGAGAGCCACGACAGCCCGUUCUGUCUCCGCAAACAGAACUCAGAAGGAGGCAACACCAGCUUUCUCUCAGUGAGUCCCACCAAAGAGAUAAAGGUGGUGGUUCGGCGGAGCAGCAUGAGCAGCAGCUGUGGCAGCAGCGGUUAUUACAGCAGCAGUCCUACGCUCAGCAGCAGCCCACCUGUGCUGUGCAACCCCAAGUCUGUUCUGAAAAGACAAGUGAGUCCAGAGGAGCUGCAGACGCCGGGAGGACCUUUUCUAAAGAAGACAUUUACUAUUAUGGGGGAUGCUGUGGGCUGGGGCUUUGUGGUGCGAGGUAGUAAACCCUGUCACAUCCAGGCUGUGGACCCAGGUGGACCUGCAGCUGCUGCUGGCAUGAAGGUGUGUCAGUUUGUGGUGUCAGUGAACGGGCUGAAUGUCCUCUCUCAGGACUACCGGGCCGUCAGCAGCCUGAUCCUAACCGGACCCCGGACAAUCGUCAUGGAGGUGAUGGAGGAGGCAUAAGUUUAAGGAGGGCUACAACAGAAUCCCUCAUUGACGAGUAGUGCAGUAAUAACUUCGGAGACUACAAGGUUUAGUACUUGACCUCAUAACCACAGUGACAGAGCGAUGUGGAAGCCGCUCUCUUCAAUCAUUGUUUGGACAAGGUGAAAGACAAAGCGUGUCUUAAGAAUGUGGGUAUUUGAAUCAAGUCAGUGAUGCAACCUGUGGACAAAACGCACAGGUUGGACUUGAUUUUGUUUUUAAGUUCAAGAGCCGCCAUCUCUUCAGCUGAUGACCAGACUGCUCCAAUGUGCCAGAAACAACUCUCAGUCUCAGUGUCAAUGAAAAGGCCCCAGAGCUUGUGUUUGGAACAGAAGAACCCUUAAUCCCUGUUUUCGUUUUGAUUUCUGAGCCAGAACUUUAUCACAAUUUCUAAAGAUGAAGAGUGUUUUAACGGACGCUAAAGGAUGAGAGACACAUUUACAUCAGAACCAGGAGACACACAAGUCAAAUCUGAAAGUGUAACAAAGAGGAAUCCCAUGUUAACAUUUUCUGUGACCUCUCCCCCAGUUACUUAAAGAAGCUGAGACUGAAGCUUCUGAAGGCUCAAUACUGCCCUCUACUGGGAGAGACAGAAUGUCAGGAACGGAGGAAAACAACUACAGUUUCAGAAUAGUUUGUUCUGUCACUGGAAGCCAACAUGUUAAAAAGUAUAACAUUCUACCCCUGUGUAAAAGUGUUCAAAAAUAAAUUGCUAGGUAGAUUCAUAUAUAGCUCUUAGGAUUUAGUUAGUUGACAGAUAAAAGUGCAGUGAUAUGCUGUAAGUGAAAUUAACAGGCACAAUGUACAAAGAGAAGUUACUAAAGACUUUUUGCACAAACAAACUGGAGACUAAUAGUGUUUAUGGGAUAGAAGUUAAACAACGGCAGCACUGAGAACAUCAUGGGGACUUUAUGAAUAUUGUUUUUUGUUGUUUUUAGAAUUUAUAACCCCUGAACUUUUUGGUAUCUUUCAGUUUUCUUUUACAAUGACAAUGUGUCAUAAAAACAGUUUUUUAUAUAAAACAUCAGAGAAUUAAUCUUCUCUGUUAUGCUUUCCGUUCAGCCAUUAAAUGCUAUCAGGAAAUGUAUCUUAGACACGUUCCUUUUUUUUGUGUGCCAAAAAGUACAAAAAAACCUUUAAGGAUAAAUACAUGUCAAAAGACUUAAACAGGUUGGAGUUAUAUUACCCCAUCCAGAUUUAGAAAUUUGUAAUUUACUUACAGCCAAGUUGGCCUUGAAUUGAGAAUUGGUUUCUGUAUUAUUUGAUGUUUAAAGAAUAUUUUCAUGAAACAUUUGUUUUUAAUGAAAGGAAGCACUUGGGUGACAAUACUGCCCUCUUCUUUCUGAAUAAAAUGAAGAAUUUGAAUAUGCCUAUGUAAGCACACAAUCUCUGUAAUGAUUGCAAAUCAAAUGUAACUCAUCUCCAGAGUAAAAGAGAGGCAGCUGAAAAGCUACAUUCAUCUUUGAUUUGUAGAAAAAAAAAGAGUCUUAAAGACGCUGUCAGUUCUUCUAGUUUGAUACACAUUCAGUCAAAUUCAGCAUUUAGACCCUGAGUUCCCUCCUGAUAUGUGGACAACCGUGUGACCUUCAUUUGAAUAAUUGUCAAAUAAAAUGUAGUAAAUAUUUUGCUGUUGUUUGAUAUCAGCCAGUACUUACAUUAAAUAAUGUUUCAUUUUGAAAACAUGGACCCUCCUAUGAAUACAUAAUCUGAAAAACAUCACAAUUGUAAAAUAUGGCACAACUCAAACAGGAUAAAAAAAAAGAUGUUUAAGAAACAUAAAUAUUUAUUCUGAAUUCACACCUGGUUCACGGUAAGGAGAAGGACUUUACCUCAAUUAAUGAUCUGAAAAAACUUUUUUUUUUGUACAGCCCUGUACAUGAGAACAAAGAAGCAACACAAUGGGCGUACAUGCCUGUGCACAGGACAGGGGAAAGACACAGGGACAACAGGGACAGAACAUUUUGACCAUACUAACAUGCUUACCACACAUUCUGAGGAAGACAUGUCAUAGAGAAAGCCAAAGAGGAGAUGGUCAGAAUACAUUUCAUUUAUAAAGCAAUGUUGGUGUUCUUUACAACAUUUGAGAAACCAUCUGUGGUGAGAUUCUGAGACUAGCCCAGUUAUCAGUGUUGUUGCCUUGAGAAGUGGGACAUCUACUUAUUUGGGGAUGGAGCCUGUGUAGUUUUUCUAUAAACAAUCUUUCAAGAAUAACUGACACCAAUCUUUAAAGCAGGCUUUAGUUUUAAACGAAUGGAUUUGUAGCCUCUGAAUUAAUAUCAGACUUAACUGUAUGUUUAUAGACUGUGCCAUCAUGUGAUUAGACAGACUAGCGUGAUAGGAUCACAUUAUACAGUUAUAAGAAGAGCAUGAAUUAAUAAUGUUUGUUCUGCUCCAACAGUAACACAAAGUGUGUGUCUGUAUUCAUAGUUGAUUAGUGAGUAAACUCUUGUUUAACUUGUAUGUUUCAGACAAAAUCCCACUGACUGGUUCAUUGGAUGUGUACUUAGUCUAGCCCUAACGUAAAAUCAUGACUAGAAAACUUGUCUUUAGAAAAGCUUUUCUUUUCAUUGUGAACAUAUAUUCAGGAAAUCGUUAUUGCCAAACAGUAGAAUAAACUAUGUUACAGUAAAAAGCCUCUCAGUGUCUACCGUGAGUAUUCAGUGGACAUCUCUUUGGUGUUUCUCAGUGUGCUUAGAUGUUGUAAAAUGCAUGAUUCCUGUAAAUAUGUGCUUCUAAAGCCUUAGCUGCUAAUCCAAAGCGCUUUUUCAGUCUGUUUACCUCCAAAAUGGUUUUUCACAUUUCUCAGUCCUGCAGGUAAAGAAAGAUUGGAGCCUAUAAAAGUCUUUGGUUUCACAUGCCUUCUGGAUCCCUACUUAUUAAAAUAACAGAAGAAUGUUUAUGAGAUUAUUAUAGAUUAUAUUUGAGAUUCUCAUCUGUGAUCAUUACUGUGAUGGAAAUUCAUGACAUUUUGACUUUUCAUUUGAUCUAAAGCUGACAUACAGUAUUUCUUGUUUUGGUAUACCAUCUGGACUUUAACCAGAUAUUUCAAUAUUUCAUACUUUUUGCCACAUUUCGGAUGUUUCCAUAGAGCCAUGAAACAGUUAUAUGGUUUUACUUCUACAGUCCUUUUUUUUAGUCUGGUAACUGUAAAGAAGUGAUGUGGCUGAAGGCAGUUUGGAAAUGGUACAAAAGAUGAUUUAUUGACUUUUGGUCGGCUGAAACGGGUUCACUGACUGUUCAAACUAAACGCCUGAAAGUGUUUGCCUUAACUUCUUAUUUUGCUGCUAAUCCCACUUGUUGUUGAUUUAAUGUCUUGUUCUUUUCUCCAGCUCUGUUAGCUAUAACGUGGUGUUCAGAAAGUGCUCAUUAAACUGUUACCAUGCAUUAGUUAUGUUGACAAUCAUUGUUUUAUAGACACUACCAUGAAAAAGCACAUGCUUCUAGCAAUGAUCUGACAGGAUGUAUUACACCAUUAUCGCCAUGUGCUGUUCAUAUUCUCACUUUUGUACUUACAUGAUAGAUCCACAUGUUUCAUUAAAGGGAGUAUCUGCUUAAUGUUCACCACACGAGGCCAGAUAGGGUUUCCACAAUAUUUUCAGCUGGUGCAGCUGUGUUUUAAUUUUCUCUGCUAUCACAGGUUGAAUGUAGAUUUUGUCGUCGAUUACAUGUUUGCUUUUACCGCAGUCUAUUUUUGAAAAUGCAGCUAAACCUCAUUCUGAUGCUCCGAUGGAUUAAACAGUCGAUUAAGUGUUUAAUAAAGAAACUGAUUCUA